GGCAGUGAGGAGGGGCGGAGGGAGGAAGCUGGCUUCCUGAAGCUUCUCAGCCCUCAAAGACAGACCGACAGACAGACCGACAGCUGGCGAGGAACAGCCUGGGGGACACAGCUGCUUCAGUGGACCUCAUGGCUGAGUGAGUCUUCCCUGGGCCAGCACCCCACCCCAGCAUGGUGGGGGCACUCCAGAGCACAGACGCUGACCUUAUCUUUGGGGGGCAGCCAUGACUCAGCCCCCACCUGCCAAAGCACCAGCCAAGAAGCAUGUGCGGCUGCAGGAGAGGCGGGGCUCCAACGUGGCUCUGAUGUUGGAUGUGAGGUCCCUGGGGGCCGUGGAGCCCAUCUGCUCGGUGAACACACCCCGGGAGGUGACUCUCCACUUCCUGCGCACAGCUGGACACCCCCUCACAUGCUGGGCCCUGCAGCACCAGCCCCCCAGCCCCAAACAGUUGGAGGAGGAAUUCUUGAAGAUCCCCUCCAACUUCGUCAGUCCUGAGGACCUGGAUAUCCCUGGCCACGCCUCCAAGGACCGAUACAAGACCAUCUUGCCCAAUCCCCAGAGCCGAGUCUGUCUCGGCCGCGCACAGAGCCAGGAGGACGGAGACUACAUCAAUGCCAACUAUAUCCGAGGCUAUGGUGGGCAGGAGAAGGCCUACAUCGCCACGCAGGGCCCCAUGCCCAACACCGUGUCGGACUUCUGGGAGAUGGUGUGGCAAGAAGAAGUAUCCCUCAUUGUCAUGCUCACUCAGCUCCGGGAAGGCAAGGAGAAAUGUGUUCACUACUGGCCCACAGAAGAGGAGACCUAUGGACCCUUCCGGAUCCGCGUCCAGGACGUGAAAGAGCACCCAGAGUACACUGUGCGGAGGCUCACCAUUCAGUACCAGCAGGAGUGCCGGUCAGUAAAGCACGUCCUCUUCUCAGCCUGGCCUGACCACCAGACCCCGGAAUCAGCCAGGCCUCUGCUGCGCCUGAUGGCCGAGGUGGAGAGCCCAGAGACAGCGGCCAACACGGGGCCCAUCGUGGUACACUGCAGUGCAGGGAUUGGCCGGACCGGUUGCUUCAUUGCCACUCGGAUUGGCUGUCAACAGCUGCAGGCCCGAGGGGAAGUGGACAUUCUGGGCAUCGUGUGCCAGCUGCGGCUUGACAGAGGGGGCAUGAUCCAGACCUCGGAGCAAUACCAGUUCCUACACCACACUUUGGCCCUCUAUGCAGCCCAGCUGCCCAAGGAGCCCAGUCCCUGACCCUGGACCCCUCCACCAGCCCAGGUGCCAACCUCCCCUCAGGCCUGGGACGGUGGAUCUGGGGAGAGUGUGUCAUGCGAUCUGGGGGAACCUCCUACAGGCAUGGGGAAGGGGUGCCUCCUCGGUGGCACUUGUCACAGGAACCUACGUCAGCAAGGAUGAGGGCUAGACCCCGAGUCUUCACUGCAGGCCACUCUGCUUCUUCUAGAGGCUGCAAAUGGGUAACAGGGGCUUCCCAAGUCUGUCUGAACUCAGUUAGGAGCCAGCACUCGCUGCGGGCAUAGGAGCUCAGGGCCCCCGCUGCCUUGUCUAGGACCUGGAUGUAAAGUGCUUUGCUGCCGUAAAAGAAAGCAACCAGAGAAUCAUUCCUAGAGACCAUUCCAGCUGGAUCUCCUUCCUGGGGCUGGCCAGAGAGUGAUCCCAAGACCGUCCUCCACCCAGGUGCUCCCACAGGCCAGAUGCAAGACUUGGGCGAAGUCUGGUCCUGACUUCAGUCAGAUUCUCAGUUUCCCAGCAGGGAUGCUCUGUUCCCCCACCACACAUCUGUGAGGGCUGGACAGCACCCUAGAAAAAGAGAACCAGCUCCCAGAUCCCCCCUGCUUCCACACGUGUCCUAAGAGCAGGCGACAGCUGCUGCCAGGCCUGUUGACAUCUCGGGAAGAGGGAACAUGUGGGGACCACUCAGAGGCCAGGAGGGCUGCCCCUGCCUCCAUAAUUGCUCCCAUGCACCCCAGCUCCUCUCUGGGGAGGCCCAGUGUUCUCUACUUUGCUCCCACGGCCUCAGAGGAUAGCGAGGUACCCAGGAUGAGGAGAGAAGAGAGAGCUGAGACUGCUUUUCGGUAGCCAACCCUGUGGCUCCUUCCACACCCCGCGUCUGCAGAGCACACCCGAGAGCCUGGUGUUUCCACAGACAACCAGGGUUAUAACCACUCAUGCAGACUCGGGCUCAGACUACACUGGGACCCCUCGCCAUGUACCCCAGAGGGCUAACUCUCCUCUUCCCUCUCAGCAGCACCUCAAUUUCCCCAGAUCUUUUCCAGAGCAGAACUAUACACCCCAGGAAAGCUUCCAAAAUACUUCCUUGAAUCCGAGAGGGGCUCCCGUCCCCUCCUAUCCCAUCUUUAGAUGAGGAUGAAGGUAGAGUACCAUGUCAUCCUCACGGAUCCCAGUUCUCUGUGGAAGCCCCCAGGAGCUGGAUCCUGCAGAGCAACUGGGCCUCCUCCUUCACGGCAUCCCUUCACAGACCAUGAGUGCUAGACUGAGGUUGAUUUUCCUAAUGCUUCUGCCUCCCCCUGCCUUAUGGCCCUGGGAUGGGUUUGCCUGCCCCUACACCUUCCCUAAGCCCAGUAGAGGCUCUGCUAGCUGUGCCUAGGAAGCUAGGUGGAGGGCUCUUAAGUGCCUAGUCCUGCCCUCAGCUCAGACGCAGCCUGCAGGGAAGCAACCACAGAGCCCCCAGGCUCCCCUCCCAGGCUCUGUCACUUCAACCCCGAUUCGAAGCUCAGAGGACACAAGCCCUGGAAAAGUGGCCAAGUGGGAAAAUAAAGACAUCUUGAAAG